GCCUCACUUGUUCCAUUACGGAUCGCGUCGCAUAGGUACGCUACUUUCGGCUUCUCCGUCCAUUCUGGAUGCGAUCGGAGCACGGAAGAGGGAUCUGCCUCCCCUUCCAGGAACCCUCGAUCCUGCUUUUGAUUUGGUCGCUUUCCUUUCUGUGAUUUCGGUGUUGAGGGCGAUCCUUGAUGUCUGUUUCAUAGUUUUCGUGCAUUUCUAUUUUUUUGUUUUUAAUUCGUCAAUGACGAUUGUUGUCAGCUAGAUUGGAUCAUUCGCUAACUGCUUCCUUUUGGUAGUAUUGAAAUAUCUCUUUUUUCUUUGUGGUUUCGAUGGAAAUUAGGUAUUGAGGUUUCGUUGCAGCAUUUUCUAUUUGCUUUGAUUUGUGUUCUUAUAAAGCUUCGAUUUGAUUUGGAUGUUACAGCUACGGAAACUGGCAUAGCUUGCUUUGAAGGUAUAGGAUCUUAUUUCUUGCAAUUAUGUGGAUGUUUAAACAAUUGGGGGGCAAAGAACCCGUUGGUCUUGAAGGACGAACGAUGGAUGUUGGUAAUGUGAAGAUCUAUGUUCGAAAUGCCAUAGCAGAAGGAGGGUUUUCAUGUGUGUAUAUCGCGCAAGAUGCUAUGCAGUCAUCGAAGGAGUACGCCCUGAAGCAUAUGAUUUGCAAUGACAGCGAGUCGCUGGAUCUUGUGAUGAAGGAGAUCUCUGUGAUGAAGGUUCUGAAAGGACACCCGAACGUUGUGACUCUUGUUGCGCACACCAUAUUGGACAUGGGUCGGAGGAAGGAGGCAUUGCUUGUCAUGGAAAUCUGUGCGAAGUCGCUGGUAACUGUGCUAGAGAACAGAGGGGCUGCAUACUUCGAGGAGAAACAAAUCCUCUUAAUCUUUAGAGAUGUUUGCAAUGCGGUGCAUGCCAUGCAUUCUCAGUCGCCACCCAUCGCCCACAGGGAUUUGAAAGCUGAAAAUGUGCUGUUGGGAGCUGAUGGAGCUUGGAAGAUAUGUGAUUUUGGCAGCACUUCAACUAAUCAUAAGUGCUUUGACAAGCCAGAGGAGAUGGGAAUUGAAGAAGACAAUAUCAGGAAGCACACAACCCCAGCAUACAGAGCCCCUGAGAUGUGGGAUCUUUUUAGAAGGGAGGUUAUAAGUGUGAAAGUUGACAUAUGGGCUCUUGGAUGCCUUUUAUACCGAAUUUGCUACCUUAAAUCUGCAUUUGAUGGUGAAUCGAAGCUUCAAGUUCUGAACGGAAACUAUCGCAUACCUGACAUGCCAAAGUACAGCCCUUCUCUAACCUGUCUGAUUAAGGAAAUGCUUGAAGAUUCUCCAAACACCAGACCAGAUAUCAUGCAGGUGUGGCUUCAUGUUAAUGAACUUCUCCCAGUGGAAUUGCGGAAGCAUUUACCUGAUGGCUAUUCUGGAGCUUUACCCAUGCACCAUUCUGUUUCAAAUUCACAAAAACAAGGAGUUCCACAAAAACAUUCGAUUCCCAAAAGAAGCCCUCCAAAUCCACCGCCAUCACAAGAAUCUGAUAUCCAUCCUUUCAAGUCUGCCCAACAAGAUUUAAAGAAAGGAGGAGCGAUUGGUUCAUUUUGGACUACUGAACAUGCAAAGGUUGCAGCGGGUUCAGAUCAAAACGUCCCCUCAUCUGAUCAACCAGCAAAACAAGCAGUACCAAAGCUUAAUCAAAAUAAUGUUACAAGCAAAGGUGGCCGUCAACAUGUCCAUCUGCAUCAGUCCUGCAAAAGUGAGCAAGAUAGCUAUGAGAAAUCAAUGAGAAGAGAUCUAGAAGCAGAAGUUGAUCGCCUAAAAGCACAGCUGAAGCAAGCCAACUUGGAGAAAGCAGAAAUCACCUCCAAGCAUGAAAAGCUAUCAGCGAUCUGCCACUCUCAGCAACAAGAUAUAGAGAAACUGAAGCAUGCCCUUGCAGCAGUAGACACAUCACCACCAAGUAAAGAUAUCCACAGACGUGCAGCUGUGCUAAGCGAGAAGAUUGAAGGAACUGUCUGGGAACUCCAGGAAGGUAUGAUGACUAACCCAUGCCCAUUGAACAAGUCAGAGCCUAAGCCAUGGAACGCCUUUGAAGAAGAACCUAAAGUUCAGACGGUGCCCAUACCUAUUUUAUCUUCUGGAUCGACUAAUGGCAAUCAAAAUGUUGCUGAACGCUCCAGAGAUUUGCUGAGCUUCAAUUUGGAAAGUCUUGUUCAAUCUGGUUCCCAAGUGUCUUGGACUUCUGGUCAAGGCACCUCUUCCCAGAGGUUUGACACUAGGACAACCAAGAAAACAGGUUUUGACCAGCCUGCAGGAUGGGCUGGCUUUUGAAACACUUUCUAAAAAUAAUGGUGGUAUACUGCAUAUUUUUUCAGACGGCAUUUAGCAUGGUUGGCACUACAAGGAGCUAUUUAUUCCCAG